GCUGCCUCAAACACGCACACACACACACGUAUAUACAAAAAAGCAAACAAACAUAGACACACAUAUACACACUCUUCGGUUAAAGUACGCUUUUUCUGCAGUCAAACUGGAACCUAAAACCACAAAAUAAACCUUACUGCAAUACAGUUCUAGGUAACACGUUUUUUUUUUUUUUUUUUUUUGCAUCGCUAAGAUUAGUAAAAUGACAGAUUGCAAAGCAGUUUGUUCAAGAAAUCGGGUUUUGGGCUGUUGAUCACUAGGACUCGUCCCUUUUGCUGCGUUAGCGCAUGCGCAUUAGGCACUAGACUGUUCCCCCAAGUGUUUGAAACUACCCGGAGGAUCUCUCCUCCACGCUGGGAUCAAGUAAUGCGACACGAAGGUUUUCACUCCGCAUCGAAAUCUUUGCUAUUAGGUUUCUUCUUGUUUACUGCACUGAUUGCUUUGAAGCCUUCUUCGAGCUCCAUUUCUCCUUUGAAGUUUCUGUUGGAUGCUUAUAAGGGCGGUUUUUGCACUGCGUUGUCCAGAGGAUAAUCUGCUCAUAUGGAGGUAUAAAUGCGUUUUGUGUAGGUGCUGUUUUCCGAAAAUCUGAAGGAAACAGUUCGGAGAUUUAAAGAAAAAUGUUAAAUACAGCCAACUGGGACCCGCUGCAGGUUACUCACUAUGUAGCGGAAUAUCUGGACUUGGUGGAAUCGCUACCGUUCGACCUACAAAGAAACGUGUCUCUCAUGAGAGAGAUCGACUCCAAAUAUCAAGAGAUCCUCAAAGAGCUUGAUGAAGCAUACCAGAAGCACAAACAGGAGGAGGACCCUGUCCAGCGGCGCCGCCUUUUGCACUGCAUCCAGCGUGCACUGAUCCGCAGCCAGGAAUUGGGAGAUGAAAAGAUCCAGCUUGCUGGACAGAUGGUGGAAUUGGUGGAGAACCGCGGCCGGCAGGUGGAUGCUUUUGUGGAGCUUCUAGAAGUCCAGCACGAGCCCCAUGACACAACCUCAGUGACAGCCGUCAUCCCUGGCAAGAGGCGUGAGGAGGAAAAACGCAGAGAAGAGACUCCUGGUUCAGUCGAAAGAAUGGCAAGUGCCAGCAAGCGCUCGAGGCGGCAAAAAAACAACAGCAACGAGAACCGGGAGAUGCCUCAUAACGACCGUGAUGAAGUGACGAGAGAGAAACGGGCAAAGACAUCGAAGAAGAAGAAGAGGUCCAAAGCAAAGCAGGAGAGGGAGGCUUCACCAGCUGACCUGCCCAUUGAUCCUAACGAGCCCACGUACUGUCUAUGUGAGCAGGUUUCCUACGGAGAGAUGAUCGGCUGCGAUAACGACGAAUGUCCCAUCGAGUGGUUCCAUUUCUCCUGCGUUGGCCUUAACCAUAAGCCUAAGGGAAAGUGGUAUUGCCCAAAGUGCAGGGGUGACACAGAAAAAACCAUGGACAAAGCCUUGGAGAAAUCCAAAAAGGAGAGGGCAUAUAACAGGUAGCUACAUAUCUGUUGGAACUGUGAACAUUUCUAUUUAUUUCAUAGAUUUGUUUAAUGCUAGAAAUUAUUUCUUUGUCAAUUCAAUCUACAUUUUAGAAUUUAUUUACUACCAAACAGCACUAAAUGGGCUUAAACUCAAAACCCCCUCCAGAGUUUAAGUUUUCUAAAUGUGGUAGUGAUGUUCUUAAAGAAGUAUUUGACCUUCAAUCCUUUUGUUGUUACUUGAACAGUAUGGCUGACAGAAGUAUUUUAUGAAGGUGCUCACAGCAUGUGGCUAUUAUGUGUUAAGUGUUUAAGUAGAAAUGUCAUUAUUGGUAAUAAAUAAUGUUAAAAAAAAAUCUGAUUUCUGUUUUCUAUUUAGGACUCUAAUAACCUACUAUGAGUCCAGAAUAAAAUAAACAACCAAACAAAAAAACAACUGUUUUAAGAUCUUUUACCAUUCAUUAAAGGAGCUUCAUUAAAAAAUGAUGAGUCUCAAGGUUGUAUUACAGCUCCAUUCACUUUUACUCACUACUAUACACUCAUCUUUUUCUAUUUCAGAGGGUCAAUUGAACUGACCCUUACGUGAAAAAAAAUCU